CGACAAAAACGAUGUCGUUUUUACGAGAAGAAUGGCUAACGGGGGUCGACCGUUAACUAACGGGAACACGAAACUCGCGGGAAAUACACCGAACCAAUAUAUAUAAAUAAAUAAAUAUUUGCAUGUAAAUAUGUAUAAAUGUAUGACAAAACCAGACUAGUUCCAACGGCCACACCUCCAUUCCAUUCUUAACAAAUACCCAAAAAUAAGAAACUGCUUCUUAGAAAGCAAUUUCCUAAAUGUUUUUUUUUCGUUACCUAAUAGUCUGACAAAUCCACCUUUGGAGUUUCAGUUUUCUUUUUUGUCGUUUUUUUUAAUCAUUAUUAUUUUAUUAUUUUGCUAAACUUAGUAAAAAAAAACAAAUUCAGAUACACCAGCUUCUUCUUUCUGGGAAAAUAUUCUGUUUUCUUCAGGGCCUCAGAUAACCUGCUUGUUUUGCAGUUAUUUUGAUUUGUUUUCUGAAGGUGCCCAGAUCGGAAUUUGUAGUUUUCUUGGCCGGAAUGGAGCAAUUCCGGCAUGUGGGAGAGGUUUUGGGGAGCAUGAGAGCUUUAAUGGUGUUAGAGGAUGACAUUCAGAUCAACCAAAGUCAGUGUCGUUUGCUGCUUGAUAUUUUCAGUUUAGCCUUUAAAACCAUAGCAGAAGAGAUCAGACAGAAUCUGAAACUUGAAGAGAAGAAUACCAAAUGGAAAGCUCUUGAUCAGCCAUUGAGGGAGCUUCAAAGGGUGUUUAAAGAAGGAGAGGUUUACAUGAGGCAAUGCAUGGAUUCCAGAGACUGGUGGGGCAAAGCAAUCAGCUUCCACCAGAACAAAGACUGCGUUGAACUUCAUGUUCACAACCUGUUUGUUCAUUUUCCUACUGUCAUUGAGGCCAUUGAAAAUGCUGGGGAGAUUUCUGGUCUUGAUCAUGAUGAGAUGAAGAAGAGAAGGAUUGCCCUCACCAAGAAGUAUGAUAAGGAAUGGAGCGAUCCUAAGCUUUUCCAAUGGCGAUUUGGGAAGCAGUAUUUGGUCCCUAAGGAGAUUUGUAAAAGGUUGGAGAGUGCUUGGAAGGAAGAUAGGUGGAGACUAAUUGAAGCACUUAAGGAGAAGAGAAGUUCACUUUCUAUUUCAUUGACAAAGAAUGAGCUUAAGCUUUCUGAGUUGCUACUCAAUAAAUUGAAUGGGUCAGAGAGUUGUAGAGGGAAACUCUUCCCAAGUUUAGUUUUAUUGGGUGGAAAAGAUUACCAAGUUCGGAGGCGAUUAGGAGGAGGGAACCAGUUUAAAGAAAUCCAGUGGUUGGGGGAAGCUUUUGCUGUAAGGCACUUCUUUGCUGAGAUUCAACCAUUAGUUCCUGAAAUUUCUAACCUUCUUUCACUUUCCCACCCCAAUAUACUCCAAUACCUUUGUGGAUUUUGUGAUGAGGAUAAAAAGGAAUGUUAUCUUGUUAUGGAGUUGAUGAGCAAGGAUUUAUCAUCAUACAUAAAAGAGAAUUCCUGUCCAAGAAGGAGAGCUUUGUUUUCACUCCCAGUUGUGGUUGAUCUCAUGCUUCAGAUUGCUAGAGGAAUGGAAUAUCUUCAUUCACAGAAGAUCUAUCAUGGAGAUUUGAACCCUUUUAACAUCUUCCUCAAGGUGAGGAAUUCCACUGAAGGUUAUGUACAAACAAAGAUAUCUGGUUUUGGUUUAUCAUCUGUAGCCAACAAUUCCAGUACUCGAAACUCACCGCCUCGAGAUCCAGUCGACACCUUCAUUUGGCAGGCCCCGGAAGUUUUAGCUAAGCAAGAACAGGCAGGAGGGGAUGCUUCUACUGCUAAGUACACUGAAAAAGCAGAUGUCUAUAGCUUUGGGAUGAUUUGUUUUCAGCUAUUGACUGGUAAAGUUCCUUUUGAAGAUGGGCAUCUUCAAGGAGAUAAGAUGAGUAGAAACAUAAGAGCAGGAGAGAGGCCUCUUUUCCCACACCCUUCACCAAAAUAUCUUGUUAACUUAACCAAAAAAUGCUGGCAAACAGAACCAUCCCAGCGUCCAAGCUUCUCAUCUAUUUGCAGGAUUCUACGUUACAUAAAAAAGUAUCUCAUUAUGAACCCGGAUCAAACUUUGCCAGAGCUACAAUCGCCUUUAGUAGAUUGCUGUGAUUUAGAAGCUAGUUUUCUGAGGAAAAUGUCUGCUGCAGAAGGGUGUUGUUCUUCUAACAUGGCCUCUGUAUCCCAAAUCCCAUUUCAAAUGUUUUCUUAUAGACUUUUGGAGAAGGAGAAGACUUGCAUACCAAGCAAAGACAGCGCACCCGAAUCAACAUACGACACAGGCUCAAUCUUCAGAGAUUCAGCUUCAGCCUGUACUAUUGACUAUCUUCCACCUGUAAUGGAAGAUCCCGUUUCAAUGCUACCAGCAAGUGAUACAAGAUCAAUUUGCUCGGAGGCUCCAUUGAAGAGAGCUUCAUCUGUGAAACAAUCUCCUGAAGUGAAGAGCAGAAGAAGUUCAGGAACACUAAAAUCUCAAACGCCUAAAAAAACACCAUUGGCUCGUUCAGGUCACAGUUUGAAGAUGAAUGAAGAUAGUCAGUUAAAGCUGUUGAUGAGGCCUUUGAGACAAGGCCGAGUUAGAAAGUCUGGUCAUGUCUCAGAUUCAGAGAUUGUGCAUUAGCUUUGUUUACAUACUUGGUCAUUCAUAAAUAUAGUUUUCUAGCCUUUUUUUUACUGUAAUUUUUUUUUAAGGCUAAAGUAUGAGAUGAUUUCCACUAUGCUUCUAACUUUCUACGCAUACAGGUAUUGUUGUUUUGUAAUCCUUGAACAAAAAUUUCAGAAUUUUAGUUUUUU